AUGGAUAAUCCCACCCAUAAGAGUCCAAAUUUCGAUUUUAAGGAUAUAUUUCCUAAUUGUAUAAAGGCUUAUAGUGAUAUUGAAAAAGAAAAGGAUGAUGACAAGUAUAAUGAAGAUGAUUUUUUUGUUUCGUGCUAUAAAAUUAAAAAAACAUUAAAUAUUAAUACUGAUGAUUUUAUAUUAGAUUGUGUUGUCUUUAGUAACUACUUGCUAGAUAUAAAUAAAAAAAGAGAGAUUGAAAUAGAACCAUAUUGUAAGUAUUUCAAUUACCUGCUAAAAUAUUUACUAUAUAAUCAUCCAGGAUCAUCUUGUUCUGGAGAAAGACACUGUUAUAAUAAAAUGAUAGGGAUAUUCGAAGGAGAUGGAAAGAAUGGCAUGAAUAUAUGUGUGUCUUAUGUAAAUGAUCUUGAAGAAAAGGUAUUCAAAUUAUUGGAUGAUCUGAGUUCCCUUUAUAAGGAUCUUCAAAAAUUAAAAACAAAUGGUAUAACAUGCGAAUUCAAUACCCCUUGCUUUACAAAGUAUAAAGAUUUCUUAAGAAAGUGUAAAGAAAUGAAUGAUAACAAUCUACAUGAAGUUAUGGAAAAUGUUAAAGAUGAAUACAAACAAUAUAUUCCGAUAGAACCUGAAACGAUAAAUGUCCCAAAUAAGUCACAAUCAUCCUCUAUAAUAAGUGCACCAAAAGUGAUUUUAAUUGUAUGUAUUAUUACUCUUACAACAAGUUUUAUUCCGUUUAUUCUGUUUAAGAACACAUCUUGUCGCUUAUAUAUAGAAAAAAUGAUAAGGAAGUUAAAAAAAUUUUGGAAGAAUAAAAGUAAACAAAAUUUAAAAUUAUUAAAUCAAUUUGAAAAUGAUUAUGAAGAAUUAAUGGAUAAAAAUUCAAAAAUAAUAUAUAACACUUUAUACUACCCCUAA